AUGUCUCCGACCGUGUUUCCACUGGUACCCUACAAAAACGGAAAACAACACGCAGUCGUUGGAACCUCCGAUCUUUCGACCUGGCAUAAACAUCUGCCAAACGAGCGAGGAGUCGACAGCAUCAUUCAUGCAUUCAAAGCCAUUUUCAACCAUGUCGGCGUUCACAUUCACGGCUACUAUCGGAACACACCAGAGGUAGCUUCUGGCCCUGAUCUGGCUGCUCUGGCAGAGCUCUUGACAACGUCGACGGCAGGAGCAACGGUCUUACAAGUGCAGGAAAGUGGGCAGAUGCUCGAGGGUGUCUUGAACAGGUGGACCGUCGGCAGGAUAUCGUUACGCUCCGAGGUUGACCAGUCCUUGCUUCCCAAAGAAUUCACGGGCAUCCCAAAGCAUACUCAUUGGGACAUGGAGACUCACGAGGAGAGACUUAUGCUGGGCGUCGAAUCCAGGAAAGGCUUUCCGCAAGCACUGUCACAGUGGCGUGUUCUAACUGGCUUCCUGUACGGCAAUCCCGCCGAUCAGCAGAAUUUCAGAAGUGUCAGGGAUGCCAACAUCCAGCAGGCCGUCAAGCUAUUCGCAAAAGCAUAUUCGCCCUGGAAGUUACUAGGCAAGAACCAUGCCGAUCGAGAUUCCAGUCUGCGAAGUAUCCUCGUCGAGGCGAGCGCAGCAGGAAGCCAGCUGUUCACACAGCUGACUACAUUCGCAUUCGAGUGGCAGAGCCAUGGCAAAGACACAGUCAUUAGCCCCGCACUGGUAAUGCGUAUGGACGAGAACGGAGAGCCGAUCAGACGUUCGAACACAUUGAUCGAAGCGAGGUGUGCGAGGACGAGGUCUUGA